UUUGUGCCAAAUCCUCCCAUAAGGCCUACGCUUCCAUGUAAUAUGUGUUCUCUGUUACGACUGAUUACGACUCUCGUCUUUUCUGUUAUGAUUGUUACAUUUAUAAGGACAUUAAAUUUGUAGAAAAUUAGUUUCAUUGUGGCUUUUGCCAAAGCUUGAAAGAAAGUAUGGAUUUCAAUGAACAGAGUGCAUUUGAAAUGCUGAAUAUACUUCACAAAGGACAUACUCUGGAAAAAUGCAGAAUAUUAACCUACAUUCGCAGUAAUAUGGAUAGAUUUAAAGCAACAGAGGCUCUCACAGAUGAUCAAUAUGGAGAACUUUGUGAAUUGAUAAUUAUUUUAUUAACAAGUGAUGAUCAAGUAUUAUCUUCUAAUGCUGGUAUUACAUUGAAUAAUAUUCUUUGUACACUGGAAACGCACAGUCUGCAUUUUUUUCAAGCUGUUUUGCAAUUAGAUAGAAAAAACAGGUUAAGGAUUUUUCAAUUCUUGGAAGAUGUUCAAGAUAGUAUUCUACUGACAGUAGUAAAUGAUAUAAUGGUUAUUCCAUUCUUUCAUGAUUGUAUGUACAGUAUCCAAUCUGACAUCAUGGAAUGGAUAACAGAAAAUAUAUCAACAGAUAACUUUCAAAUAUUAACAGAUGCUGAAAAUAAAGAAUUGUCUUAUGUUGAACAAAUUGAAGAAAGGAUAAUUAAUUAUGCACUUAAUAUGCUACAAAGACUAUAUAAACUAUCCACUCCUGCAUCUAAUUGGGAUGUCCAUCAGUUUGAUUCGUUGUUAAUGAGUAAAGUAAUAACUUUAGCAUAUAUGGGUCAUAAACGUCAACGAAGAUCAGCAAUAAGACUUUUACAGCAAGCAGUAGAAACUGAUUUAGGAAGUAACAUACGUAACAAUUUUUUAGAUAUAUGGCAAAGGUAUAAAACAAUGUUACAAAGUGUGUAUUGCAAACGUAUUGCUCUUUUGGUGGAAGUAUCUGAUCCAGAUUGGGCUAGUUUGUGGAAUAUUAGUGUACAGUUACUUGGCACUGAUCUUCAUCAUGGUGCUAAUUUAAUCAAUAAUUUACUUAGUGUGGAGGAAAAGGCUUUUAAAUCUACUGAUACUAUCAUUCGUAGGCAAGCUUUUGGAUCAUGGAAAAUAUUAAUUGAUAACUUUGCUCUAGAUCUACAAGAGCUUGCAACUGCAAGAAGAAUAAAACUUCUUUGUAUUCCUUUAAACGCUAAAAAUAGUAAAACUGAAUUGAUAACUAUUACGAAAUUAGAAGUUUGGUGGCAUUUAAUUGUUAAACUGUACAAUGAUCUUUCAAAAUUUGUUAAUUCUGUAUUAGUACCAUUUCUGAACUUUGCAUUUGGACCAUUUGGAGAUACCCUAUUACUUUCUCAUAAAUUGAAUACAAUCGCUUCUGCUGGAAAAAGAUUUGUAAAGACAAACGUUCUUGCCAUUGAUAUUCUGCUACAAUUGCUAACUCCGACAGCGAAAGAAUGUCAAAUAAUUGUUCCUACGUUAACGGAAAGACUUCUCCAUGGCAUUCCGAAUUCAAUUUUUCGGCAAAGCUACAAAAGUUUUAUUCAUAGUGUAGGCGAAGCUUCAAUUAUAGUCAACGACUUAAGCAAUAUGGAUGUUGAAAGAAAACAAAACAUUAUUACGGCACUGUGGGCAAAUUUGAUACAUCAUGUCAAGGAACUUGACACGGACUUCCAGGCUUCGGCGUACAAUGACAUUAUAUUAAUUUUGAUGGAAAUAGAUGACCACGUUUCCAAUAAACAGAACAUACAAAGUUUGCUUGUCAAUAUAAUUGUGCCUAAUGUCAGCAGCAAUUCUACUAAUUAUAUUUUUGCAACUAGUAAAUUCAUAAAUUUUAUGUUGAAGCUUCUAACUCCAGAAACAUUCUUAAAAACUGACAAGAAACACUAUGAAGCGAUUAAACAACUGUUGUGGCAAGGUAUAAAAUCAAAUACUUUAUUACCGGACAAACCUAAUACGCUUGAAAGUAUCAAAACAAUUCACGAUAAAAUAGUUUCCUUAAAAUUGGAGGCGUCUAACAGCUUUGGCAUAUCAGAAUUAUGGUGUGCACUAGCUGAUGUUUUAUCGCAUUAUGUUACGGAUUCUCAAUUUCACCAAGGCAAUGUCGAGGAACAUGCUUUCACAAUAAUAGAAAGUAUACUCAAUUUUCCAUUCUCGUAUAUUGUCUUAAAUGAUCACACUCAGAUACGAAAAGUUGUCAUACUAUGGAAACAACUAUACAGACAGUACAAUACAGGAAAGUCAAAUGAAAUUGCAAUUAAGGUAUUUGCAAUGAUAAGUGAUUGUCUUACUAAAAACUGCAACAAUUAUCGUUUUGCGCUUAACAUUCUUGAUGCUGUAAUGAGUACUAUCAAUUAUGAAUACUUGUUGAGGGAGGAUGGAAGCCUAAAUAUUAUUAUAUUGAUGCGCGAUGUAUGCAUUAUUGUUUUGAAUGAAAACAAUGAACAUGAAAUUGAAAUUGCAUUGACAACACUGUCUCAUUUACUUACUACUGUACACAGAUAUAAUUCACAAAAAAUAGUGUCAUACCUGGAGGUUAUAAUGCCUGUUAUUGAUUUUAUGUUUACUCUUUCUCCGACAGAAAAUAUCACAAAAGAGAUUACUAAUACUUGGAAAAGUGUUGUUAGUAUAUUUAGAGGUUUAAAUGGACUACUUACCGCUCAACUCUUAGCACAAUAUCGUGACAUAAUUAUAAGAGCGUCAUAUUACACGAAUUCUGAAAUACAAUCACAAACACUUCUGAUCUUUGAUUAUCACGAUACUCUGCAAGAAGAUACAAAGAUGUUCCUGCAAGAAUUAGAGAGUGAAAUUAAAAAAUCAUCAACCAAAUCUGAAUUCGUAUUUAAGAAGAAUGAAAUGUUUAUGAGAAAAAAUAUAAAAAUGACUGGCGCUUUGUUAAAUCGAAAGACAGCCUCAAAGUCUGAAAUUAGCAACCACCAAAAUAAUUUGGGAGUACAUGCAACAACAUUAUCAUCGGAAUCUAAUACUGAGGAAUACGUUAUGAUUAGACCCGAUUUCAAAUUUGAUGUCCAUCGUUUAACCGAACACCAACUUGAAUCUCUUACAAGAAAGAGAGAUAAUAUUCCUGCUAUGUAUAAUGAAUUAUCACAGUCUGUGUCUCAAGACACGCAACAUUUGCAAGAAUGGUUUGAUAAGAAAAUAGAGGAAAUUAAAAAAACUGACAAUGAACAACUGGUUAAGCUGGGUAAUUCGUCAGAAAAAACUGGUAUUGAUCAUAGUAACAACAAGGAGAAUAAAGUUCAUGCAAAAAGUGUAGAGGUAGAUGUUAAUAAUAAGUUAUACUCUUCUGAAGACAGAAAACCUGACGGUACAAAUAAUUUGCUUGAUACAACAUCGGGUCUAAUUGUUGCCAUUCACAAUGAUGUGACAAAUUCUGAUUCAAUCAAAGAAGAAUCACUUACGCAUAACGAUUCUCUCAAUAAAAACCAAGUAUCUUUAAAUUUGUUCAAGUCUCAAAGAUUUAUGAAAAAUAAGGUUGCAAAAUUAGAAAUUCCUACAGAAAAGUUAAACAUCGACAGCGAUAAAGAAAUACUGUCAGCGAAAACCAGUUGUAAUCGGCAAAGAAAUAGUAGUGCAAAUCGUAAAUCUGAUACUUUUUCUCGUAUAUUGCAACACAGCAGUAAAGGAAUAGUUUCCGAAAGUACACGGCCAUGCAUACAGAUGUUUCAUAGAGAUCAAGGUAAGAUAUCUACGAUUACAUCUUCAAACGUUAAAGAGAACUCUGACAAAACUAAUCAUCGAGGUAUUAAACGGAAAUCUAUGUCUGACACUGAGUUUGAAUUUAAUCCUCAACGAAAGCGUCGGAUAACAAUUUCAUCUGCAGUUAUAACAAAUAACACUAAUAAUGCAAAAUCUACUAACGCCGAUCAGCAAAAAAUGGAUAAGGAUCUGCCAAAUGAAAUGGGGCUUAGUCAACGCACAAAAAAUGAAAUAUCACGUCUGCGCAUAAAUAUGGCGUUCGAUACUUUACUUACAAAUAGACGCCGUUCAAAAGUUAAACAGGAUGAUAAAAUCGAAGAACAUGCAAGUAAAAUUCAUAUCGUUAGUGGAUCUACAGAACUUUGCGCAAAAUUUGAUCCAGAAAUGAAAGAUUCCUCCAAAAAAUAUGUUGGAAUUGUGGAAAAGAAUUUAAAGACACAUAAUAAUCAGGAAGUUAUUAGAAAAAAAGGAAGAAAUUUGAAAAGUGUUGCCCUGAAGGUUGAUUCAUCGCCUCAAAUUAUGGAAAUUUCUGUUCAACCGAAUAGUUGCAUAACGAAAAAAAUUUCAGAAGAUUCGAAGUUUCAACAAAAAAUAAAGAUGAGAGAUAAAGUUUAUUUUGAUGCUAAUGCGUGUACUUUAACAAAAUAUUCGGAAGUAAAUGACAAUAUUUUCAAGUACCGUCAAGGCAAAGAAAGAAAUGCGAAUAAUAUAAUUGACGCAAAAAUAGUUAGUAAUACCUUGCACUCGAAUGAUGGUUCGAUGAAUUUUCUGAAAGUAGACCAACAAAUUCAAACUAAGAUGAGUUUAAGUACUGUUUCACCUUCUACGACUAAUGAGCAAAUGUCUGAUGAAUCCGAAGAUAUUAUAGAAUGCUCUCAAAGCAGUACCGAUGCUUUGUUAAGAGAUAAAGACGACUUUGAUAGACAAUGUUUUAUUAAAAUUAAUAAAAUUGAGAAAGUCCAAGUUGGUAGUAGUAAAGAAAAUAAAUCAACAGAUGAGUCUGCGCCUCAUUUCUUUAAUGAACCUAAUACUUAUAAUUUUAACGUAAAUGUUACGAAAAACGAUUGUAAGACACAAGACUGUAAUCAGAUCUUGCAGGGCAAAGAGAUCAUGCAUUCAGAUCUUGAAAAAAAUAUUGAUCAAGGUGAGGUCAAACCUGGUUCAAUUGAAUUUGAAUCGGUUCAGGACCCGUCUAUUAUGUUAAUGUGUAAUUCAUCAGUGAAUUAUGUAUCACCGAAAAAAAAUUGCAGCCGCCAUUCAAAAAAGAAAACAUAUGCAUUUCGUGGACGUGCAGCUCAUAUGUUAGGCUUAGUGACGAAACAUGCAUUAGCUGUGAGUAAUAGAGAAUCUGUUCGAAUGGACAAAGACGGUGAAGUAAAUAAAAAAUUGUCGAAAGAUUUUGACGUUGAUACAUUAAACAUUAAAAAAGACAAACUGUUUAUUUAUAAAGAAGCUGAAAAAAAUGGUAGUCCUAUUAGCAGCGGUAGACAGGAAAAAAUAUUCAACAACAUGAAAUCUUCAGAUUACUAUCCAUCGACAUCAGUAAAUCUGUUAAAAAAUUUAAACAAUGAUGGUGAUAUAUCUUCAAGGAUGGAGAAAGUGAUAUUUAAUGGAUUAACUACAAAAACAAAUAAUGUCUUAAAUACUAAAUUCAAUGAGACUGAUGCACUUCAACUCUCAAAAGAAGAAUUACCAAUGUUGGAAUGGUCUAGUGCUAAUCCCCCAUCAUUAGUAGCAUCACCUAGUGCUAGUAUUUUAAAACGCCAUCAACAGUUUAUUCAUGAUGUUGAUACAGAAUUGGCUGUUUUGAAUAAGAAAAAACGGGUUAGUUUUGCUGAUCCUCCAGUUUCUAUGGAAAUGGGCUAUGAACGUACAUUACCAGAUUCAGCAUGUCGAAUGAAUAAGUUAUCUAUUCUACGGAAUUUGAACAUGGAAAAGGAAUCUCCUCUUAAAUCAAAACAGAAUAAAAUGGAAAAUGACCAAGUUGUUCAACAGAAAAGAAAGACUGACUCAGAGAUUCCAAUAGAAUUUAGUAGUGCGAGAGAUUUUCAGUCCCCGAGUAGUAACAAAUUUUUAACAAAAAUAGUUAAUAACUCAACACAUUCAUACAGUGUUGCAACAAAUACAAAAGUAAAAUCUGCAUGUGCUUUAUACAAGUCAGAUAAGAAUAACGUCUCUGUAACUCGAUUUCCAGUCAAUACGUUGGGUUCUGAAGUUAAAAUAUCAUUAGAACCAAAGGGUCCAGAAUCUGAAAGUAUUACGGAAACUUUAAUAAUGGAAAGGAUUUCUCUUGAUAUGAAUGUACAUACUAAAAACAAAAAAUUGGAAAUUGAAGUUGUUGGAACACAACAAGAUUUAUUUGAUAGCAUUGAUACAAGUAAUGAGUGUAAUGAAUUGAUAGAAGUUAAAAUUGACAAAGAGAUAAAAGAAUUGAUAAAUAUAUCUCCGCAAAGUAGCGCGCUGGAUUCUGUCAAUUUGAACAGAUAUUCUACCAAUGAACUAGAUACAUUCUCGAAGGAAUUUAAAUCAGAACUUUUAGAGGAUACGAUCGAUGCAGAGAAUCUGACAGAGUUGAACUUGACAGAAAUUUCGGAUGACAUUUAUUGUAGUAAAUUAAUUCGAACUAGUACAUGUGCUGGAGAAUCUAUUGGUGAGCAAGAUACAUUACCAGUGAUGGAUUCUGUCUUCGCAAACUUGCCUUUAAGUCAGAAUACGCAACCUGGAACGCAAAAUGAGAUUCAACUUAUACAACCGGAAUUUUUGGACUCAAUACAACCUAUCUGUCCUAUUCUAGUAGUGUGUCAAGAACCUAUUAGUGCGGUUGUUGAAAACUUAACUAAUCCUUUAUGGUUGCCAUAUUUGUCUUCUUACUUUACAGAUAGAGGUAUAUGUACAGUAGGCGAUCUUGCUCGAUUAACGGAGCGCGAAGUUAAUAGGAUGCCAGUGAAAGGAAGUCCUAAGGUUCAAUUUGUUCGAAACGUAUUACACCGUUUUCAAAAUUCUAAUACUGCAUCAUCACAAACUUUAACAAAUUUAUCCAUAACAAACUUACAUUUGAUAACUCCGCAGAGCUUGGCACAAUCUGUAACUGCGAGUAAAUGUCUUGCCCUACCAACGGAACCACAUUACGUGAAAAUAUUACCAAAGAUAACUGUUGCUAGUAUUGUUAGUGAUCUUGUCAAAAUACCGGAUAAGACCAGUCAUGAACAUGUAAAAACACAAGAUUAUUAUCAAGUGAUACAGUACGUAAACUUAAACAUUGCGGCUAAAGCUACAUUUCCUGAAAUAUUAACAUCCCACGUUAGUCUAUGUUCUCAAAAUAUGCCUAUAAGUACACAACAAUGGAUAGAAUCACGUAACACUACUUUACAGUCAUUAUCAAUGCGUGAAAAAAUGUCGCAAACUUUUAAAACUAUACAAAUAACGUCGGAUGAUGAUACUUCCGUUUCGUCCGUUCAAUCGUUUCUAUGUACACCUGCAACAAAACACUACGUAAAAACAGCUUCUACGAUAUCAAUUACACGAUCGAUGUGUAGCGUAUCUGGAAUUACGAGAUCAACCCAAACAUCUUCAUGUAAUUACAUGAAGAUUACUUCUACAAUGCCGACCGAGUUUAUACAUUCGAUUCGCAUGUCAUCCAACACAUGGACCUCUGCAAAUCUGUCACAGUGCAUACCAACUAUCACAACGCAAAUGAGUGGGAUCACUAGUACUGUCGAUUGUGCAUUAUCGCAUUUUCCUUGUAGCACACUACUUAGUGCAUCUUGCUCAGAUUUACCUGGGAAAUCUCAGAAAUUAAUAUCGAACCAAGUUCCACUGAUUACAUCCAUUUACUCUAGUACUAAUCCUUUAUUCACUGGAUGUUCGACGCCAAAGGCAACAAAAUGCGUCACUACGCAAAUAUCACUGGUAGAUCUUCUCGAUAAAAUUGAUGUGAAUUUGAUAGUUGAAAGUAUGAUCAGAAGAUGUGCACCUCGCAAUAUACUUGACGCAUAUAAGAUAAAAAUGAAGCAUUUACAUAAACAUGAAUUAGUAACAGAAACUAUAAAAAUGCUUGGCAUCGAAUCAAAUUAUAUUGAAACAAUUCUGGAGACGGUCUGUCAUUUAUCGGGUGUUAAUAAACUUCUUAUGAGAUUGCCGCUUAUUUUCAACACAGACAAGCAAUUCUUUGUCCAAGUUUUAAACGCCUAUCGAAAUAAGCUCCAUGUAAGUGAAUACAUUAGAGCACUAGAUUUCGAUGAAAUGAAGGAUACUACUUGUCGUAAGUGUUCCUGUCUUCAAGCUUCUGAGACAUUAUCUAAUACUGUAAAGACUGACGAGAUUCAAGAGAUCACAGAACUCGUUACAGAUGUCUCCAAUCUAAAUACUAUGGUCAAACAGAUACAAAAGAAUAGUUCCGAUGUUAUUACAAAAGUAUUAAAAUCAGAAUCAUCUGUUGUAUCCCAAGAUAUAUUCGAUAAGUUAUGGGAUAUUGAUUCCAUAGUAUCACGUAUAACUAAAAAUGACAUGUCCAGAGAUAACCUAUUAAAAAUAUACAAUGCUGUAAGUACAAAAUUAAAUACUCGUGACCUGCUGGAUGCUUUUCACGACACAAUGAGAAGCAAGUUAAAGAGUGAAGAAAGGACAGAGGAUCAAAUCUAGCAAUUUUGUCAGAAGUGCUUGUUUUACAAUAAUUAAUUUUAAAGCACACACCAUCGUCUAGUAUUAUUUUACUUAUAUUAAAAAUUAUAUAUGUAUAAUCGGAUUUAAUGUUUACUUUUUGUACGAUCUAAACAAUAAUACACCUAUAUUAGAAUAUCUACGAACUUUGAUUUCUAUAAAUUUGUUAAUUUAAGUAUGUAAAUGAUUUUCAAAACAGAUAAUAUUGCAAAUAAAAACCACCGGUAUCACCUUGGAAAAUCAAUUUGCUCACAGAAAUAAAAAAUAAAAUUUUCAAAGUACAUCCACGCGGAACAUGCAGGCCUAAUCUGAAAAGUACCUUGUAAGGUAAUUUAACAAAAAAUUUCCAAAGUCAAAUCAACACCUGUAUAUAAUUUAUUUUAAAUCGACAAAUACAAGAAUAUAAAUUAUAUUUAUUAAUAAUAUAUUAAUAAUUGCAUAUAAGCAACUCAUAAUACAUAAAAUUUGUCUCAGAUAUGAUCAGACAUAUAAUUUUAGAAGAAUUCACUAUGAAACUGUAAAUUCUAUAUAAAAAUUAUAUUUUCAAA